UACACUCCCAUUCUUGUCCCUCUUCCAGAGCUUAUGAAUUUUUCUGAAUCCUAGAACCUGGUGGUUGAAGCGUUGACCAAGAAUUAGCAGAUGUCGAAGCUAAACACUUUGAAUCCGAGGGAAGAACAAGGACUUACAAGUGCUCUAAGGGAGAUUUCAGACCCAAGACUCUCUCUCUAACUCUCUCCCAUAUGAGAAUGAUCUAACUUCUGCACUGUGACUUAUGUGGGUGAUACUCAUUUUGUAGUAUCACUCCACUACUGGGUUGGUUGUUCACAUCCUGGAAGCACGUGAUUUACCCACGAGAUUCUUCGCUUUAGGCUCUACUAAAAGCAAGGUGGGAGUUUCUUUGCUUAUCAACUAGUAUCGAAGAAAACUUUGGAUCAUCAUUAAUUGAGAUUUAAGUGCAAAGCUGUGAAGUAGUAGUGUGCAUUUGAUGGAAGAGGGCACACCAAUGGAAGGGGGAAUACAAAAUGGACCUGAAAUUCAGGUUGUAACUUCACCUCAGCUGAUUGCUCCUUCUUGUGAUCUACUCUCUCGAGAAGCUAGGGAUCAGUAUCUUGCCAUAUGUCUACCCCUCUACCAAGCUGCUUUGAAGGGUGACUGGAAAGCUGCUAAUGGCGUCAUAGAAAUAUUUCCAACUGUGAUACGUUCUAGUAUCACAAAAGGGUGGGAAACUGCACUUCACAUUGCAGCAGCCGCGAAGCGCAUUCACUUUGUGGAGGAGUUGGUGGGACUGAUGAAUCCUGAAGACUUGGAACUUCAAAACAGUAAUGGGAACACUGCCCUAUGUUUUGCGGCUGCUGCUGGAACUGUGAGAAUUGCUGAAGUGAUGAUUAACAAGAAUGAACGCCUGCCAAUGAUCCGUGGUAGCCACGGAAUGACACCACUGUAUAUGGCUGCUUUGUUAGGACAUAGUGACAUGGUAUGGUAUCUCUACCAAAAGACUAAGAGUGAAGAUUUGUCAGACGAGGAUCGAAUUGGGAUACUCAAUACCUGUGUUAGUACAGAUUUGUAUGAUGUAGCAUUGGACAUAUUGAAACACCACCCACAGCUGGCAGUGGCUCGAGAUGGGAAUGGUGAGACAGCAUUGCAUGUACUGGCUCGAAAACCUUCAGCAUUUACUAGUGGAAGUCAGGUUAGCAUGUGGAAAAGAUUCAUCAACACAUUUCCAGGUAGGAAGGUAGGACAUGACAAAAGUCUGAAACAAGCCCAAGCAUUUGAACUAGUUAGAUUGUUAUGGAAAAUGAUGAUAAAGCAAGAUGAUUCAGAGAUUUCGGACUUGAUCCGAAGCCCUUCACGACUUCUCUUUGUUGCGGCAGAGCAUGGAAACACCAAGUUCUUGAUUGAGCUUAUUGAAGCUUAUCCUGAUUUGAUAUGGAAAGUAAAUAGCCAGAACCAAAGCAUAUUUCAUGUUGCCGUUUUACAUCGUCAUGCAGGAAUAUUCAAUAUUUUAUAUGAGAUAGGCUCGAUUAAGGAUUUAAUUACUGCAUAUAGAGAUGAAGAUCGUAAUAAUAUGUUGCAUUUGGCUGCGAAGAUAGCACCCCCAAAUCAACUUAAUAUUGUGUCAGGGGCAGCUCUUCAAAUGCAAAGAGAGCUAGUGUGGUUUAAGGAGGUGGAAAAGAUUAUGCAACCUUCAUAUGUAGAAAAGAAAAACUCAAAAGGCAAAACACCUCAAGCUUUAUUUACUGAGGAGCACAAAAACUUAGUUGAGAAAGGGGAGGCAUGGAUGAAGAACACCGCCUCCCAGUCUAUGGUUGUUGCAACACUUAUAGCCACCGUAAUGUUUGCUGCAGCUUUUACUGUACCAGGCGGCAAUGAUAACAAUACAGGAAUCCCAAUGUUUCGAAAGGAUAGUUCUUUCAUGGUUUUUGCAAUAUCAGAUGCCAUAGCAUUAGUCACCUCUUCCACUUCAAUACUCAUGUUCUUAUCUAUACUCACCUCACGCUAUGCUGAAAAUGAUUUCUUGGAAUCAUUGCCCUUUAAGCUCAUGAUUGGACUCACGGCACUCUUCGUCUCCAUAACUACCAUGAUGGUAGCUUUUGGUGCGACAUUUUUCAUUGUUUUUGACCGUUAUGCGGUAUGGGUACCAAUCGCCGUUGCCUUGUUUGCCUGCGUGCCUAUCAUUUUGUUUGCUACCCUCCAAUAUCCUCUUUUGGCAGAUGUGAUCCAUUCAACCUACGGCUCCAGGUUAUUGUUUCAGCCAAGGAAACAUAUGCUUUACUAGCAUAAUCCAAGUCAUAUAUAAGUAGUGUCUACUUGCAGUUGUGGAUCAUGAGUUGUGUAUUUUAAUUUUGAAUAGUACUUCUAUUGUGAUUGUUUUUGUUUUUGUUUUCUCAAGAGAAUUGUCACCUCUUGGGACACUUUUAGUUGAUUGUUUCAGUAAUUGUGUUUGUUUCCUUUUUUUAGUUGUGAGGGCAAAGUAUUUCUCAGAUUUUUGUUUGUUUUCUCGAUGUGUAUGUUUCUAUUUGGAACCUUGUUACAAUUUGUUUGUACCGCGUUGUUUGUGUUAUGAAAUUUUAAUUUACCCAAAAAAAUUAUGAAAGAUUCUAUAUUUUAUAA